GUCCGCCGCCGAGGGGGUACGUGGCAGUGACGUUGGCGGCCCGCCCUCCUUUCGGCUUGUUUGGUCGUUCGAUCCGGAGGCCGGUGUUCGGAACUGAGGAGUGAGGCAGCGCCUAGAGCUGGAUCCGGGUCCGCGAAGCCGGUGAGUCGGAGCACCAGGUUAUGAGCCUCCAUGAAUACGAGGAGACGCCACGGCUCUAGAAACACUGAGCAGGGCGUUUACCUGGGACCUUCCCAGACGCAAGUUCUGCCCCCGCUCGCUGCCACCCCUGCCGCAAGCCCAGUUGCGCCACCUCCUCCACAGUGGGACACCAUGUCGUGUCAAGAUCGCACCCAGGAAUUUCUCUCUGCCUGCAAGUCCUUGCAGAACAGACAGAAUGGGCUUCAGCCAAACAAGCCAGUGCUGAACGCCAUUCGGCAAAGAAGCGAAUUCACUGUCAUGGCCAAGCGGAUUGGGAAGGACCUCAGCAACACUUUCGCCAAGCUGGAGAAGCUAACAAUCUUGGCCAAGCGGAAAUCUCUGUUUGAUGACAAGGCAGUGGAGAUUGAGGAGCUGACUUACAUCAUCAAGCAGGACAUCAACAGCCUGAACAAACAGAUCGCACAGCUACAAGAGUUUGUCAAGGCGAAAGGCAGCCAGAGUGGGAGGCAUGUGCAAACUCACUCCAACACCGUGGUGGUAUCACUGCAGUCCAAGUUAGCCUCCAUGUCCAACGAUUUCAAGUCUGUUCUGGAGGUGCGGACAGAGAACCUUAAACAGCAGAAGACUCGGCGAGAACAGUUCUCCCGCCCCCCGGUCUCCGCCAUUCCCCUUGCUGCAAGCAAUCUAGGUGGCUCCGCUAUGCUUCAGGACGAACGUCGGCACUCGGGGGACGUGGCUAUUGACAUGGACAACCGGGCCAGCCAGCAGUUGCAACUCAUCAACGAGCAGGAUACGUACAUCCAGAGCCGGGCAGACACCAUGCAGAACAUCGAGUCUACUAUCGUGGAGCUGGGCUCCAUAUUUCAGCAGUUGGCGCAUAUGGUUAAAGAACAAGAGGAGACCAUCCAGAGAAUUGACGCCAACGUGGAAGAUGCUCAGCUUAGCGUUGAAGGCGCCCACACGGAGAUCCUGAAGUAUUUCCAGUCCGUCACAUCCAAUCGGUGGCUCAUGGUGAAAAUCUUCCUCAUCCUUAUUGUCUUCUUCAUCAUCUUCGUGGUGUUCCUGGCCUGAUGGUGGAGGCGGCUCAACCGCCCACCCCCAGCUCCUCCUCCUCCUGCAAGAGCCGCGUUGGGACGCUGGACUCUUCUGUUCUCUUUGUAGCCAGCCUGGGGGCAGAGUCAUCACUGCUGCCCACCAUGUGCCUGGUGCCGAGGGGGGACCCAUCCUCGCUCAUUUGUGACCUCGUUUUUUUGGCUGCAGCUCUUGGCUUGGAGCGGGGGCCACCCAAAUCGGAGUGCAAUAGCAUUUGGACUACGCUGUGAAGGGCUCUGCCCCAACAAAUCCCCUUCUGUUCCCCAAAUGGGAUACAAUCCAGUGCGGGGGCAUGUCUAUAUGUAGCGGGACCAGGAUCUUGCAUCUCUUCCCCUCCUCUGUUCUAUAUAUUUGCCCUUCCCCCUUUUGGACUAAACAAAACAAAGCAAAAACAAAAAAACACUAACAGAACCCCUCCCUUCCAUUUUUAAAAUAUUACUGAUACCUUGGUGUAAGGUUUCAACUUCCCAGCACGGGCUCCCUCUCACAAUUUGUCGGGGAGGCAGCUGUAUCUCUAAAGUUGCAAGGUUUGUCUUGUCUUUUCCGGAGGGCCGUGGGCCUGAUAGGGGUUUCUCCCCACUCCCUGUUUUCCAUAUUUAAGUUUCUUCCUUACUGCUGCCUAGGCAUAGAGAGCUCCUGUGUGCAAGGAGGGUUCUCUGAGUCUCCCAUUUUAGACAGAGGCAGAUCAAGGGGCAGCCUUCCUCAUUGCAUCUCCUGCUCAAGGGAGAGAUUUCUCACUGUGGCUGAUUUACGCAGACCAAAUAUGUUUCCCUGUGGCUCCGAUCCUCCUGGCUGACGGAAGUCAGUAGGGCUUGGGCAGAGGCACUGACACCCCUUUUAGUUGCCAGGCACCCUAUCUCUCCCUCUCUGAAAACAGAACUAACACUCUAGUGCCUCCUCCAUGCUGUCAAACGGUUCAGGCUCAUACUGUCGUCUCCCACCCCCCAAAAAAGAAGUGGAGAAAGUGUCCUUGCUACCCCAACCUCACUAAUCAUUAUAAGCUAGUUGAUACUGAUAUAACUGCUAAGCUCUAAUUCUUCUCUUCCCCUGCCCCAACCUCUCUUUUGUUAGUAGCCUAUGCUAAGGCCAUUUCAACCCCCUGGCCUGGUUAUGGUGGCUGAGCAGGAACCCACCUUAAUGUCAUCACCACCACCUCCUUUUUUGUUUUUAGGUGGUGGGAUUUUGCCCCGUCCCCGUCCCUCCCCAGUUGCAAUGGCCUUAACAUUCCACCAUUCCACUGUCAGUUUCUCCUGUGCUCUUUCAGAUGAGUGGAGGGUGGGGUAGGGGGAACCUGCUUGCUUGUCAUUAACCAGUGUGAGAUGGUGGUGCUACCCUGUGAUCUAGAGGAGAGAGUAGCACCUGCUCUUGCCUGAAAGCUAUUUUUUUUAUAUAAAGAAAAGCUUUACUUUAAAAACAACAACAACAACAACAACUGAGUCUUCUGCCCGUUCUGUUGCUGGCACACUAGCCUGGAUUGCGAACACUUUUAUCUGCUUAUGCCAGCCUGGGCCAAGCUGGUACACGCCAGCGUAUUGUGGGCCACAGCUCCCAUCUUCCCCAGUCAGCUUGAGUGGCUGGGGCUGAUGGCAGUCGUAGUCUUAAAAACCCCCGGAGUGCAUCAGCUCGUCCAUGGCUAGCUUAACACUUUGCCAAGAUUAGCUCCCCAGUCUGUGUUGCAAUUAAAAUCUACAUGAAGAUACAGCAUAAAUGAGUGGGGUGCAGUUUCUUCUGGGCCUUGGCCACUGGUCGUACAUUACAUCUUCCCAGCUGUUCCUUCCAGAGCAAUGUAGCCGAAAUUGCUGCGGCUGGAGGUUCUGGCUGAGAUUUUUCCGGCCCCUAAGGAAGCUCCUUUGUGCAAGUCGGGUGAGUUGGUUACUUUAACUUGGUACUGAUUCUGCAUCUGGCACUGGCUUGCUUGGCUCUCAGGCAGAGGUCUGUCCUAGCACAGGCAUUAGAAUCCAGCUCUCCCUUCCCAAACAAGUAUAGUCAGCAGGUGUUCUUCCUGAUUGAAAAUGCCCAGAAUAGCUCCUAUCUUUCUUUUAUUGGUUAAAUUUGCUUAGAUUGAAUUCGACUGACCUACCUUCCAGAUAUUGGGCUCCCCUCUGCCCCAGCCAGUGAGGCCAAAGGUCAGGGAUGAUUGGAAUUGUUGUCCAUACAGCAACAUCUGGAGGGCUGUUUGUUACCCUUGAACUACUAGACAGUGUUGCUGCAGGCCAAUCUACACAGGAUCGAGUUAUAUUGGUGGGGUAAGCGGAGAGAGAAAGCAUGACAGAACCUCAACAGCAGGCCGGAAAAUAUUGCAGCUUUGACUGGGAGCUCCAGGUGGGUGGAAAUUAGGUCAUUAAUUUAUGAGUCUCCAACUUAGACUAUGUAAGGUAAGACCUUGGGAACAUCCAUUUGCCAUCCUGCUGGGAGAAGCUGUCGUAAUCCCUUCCUCACCCCAAAGUGUAGAGACCUAGAUGCAGAGCCAGGGCUUGGCUUUGUGCCUGCAGCCACCACUGAGCGAUGUGAAGUCACACCUUCUGAGCAUGUGGCGAGUGCAAUUCCUACAGGUACACCUCUAAAUAACCACACCAUCCACAGCUCUUCCCCAUCUAAGUGAAGGAGAACGCUCUUGCUACAAGAGCAAUUCUCACUUUAGAAACAAAGUAGUAGUUGUGCUUUUUUAAAGGCACAAAGAUAAGCUCAGCAUGGGAAGGAGAGAACAUUUUCAGUUUUGUCUUUAGGCAGCAGGUGGGCACUACGAGUUGCUCGUAGUCCUGGUUGAUGAGUGGCUCUUGUGAAAGACUCAAGAGGAUGUGUGUUGGAUAAACCUCAUCACAGAUGAAAGUAGUAAGAGUUAUCACUCCACUGCGAUCUUUAUUGGCCUUCUUUGUAUAAGGUGGUUUUUCACUUAAAAUCUACAAUGCAAAAAUAUAGGGAACUUUUGGCAUUCUAGAUGCUGCUGGAUUUCAAACUUCAUCAUCCCUGAGCAUUGGCCAUGCUGCCAGAGGCAGAUUUACAUUAUUUUUAUGCCUCUUUUACAUGUUUCCUUUUAACUCAGAGGCCCCCAAAGCAGCAAACAAAAUAUGAAUACAAAAGAAAAUGCAAUAAAAGUACCAAAAAAACCAUCUGCUGUAGUAGGCAAUAUCGGAACUAACUCUUAGGAUCAGGCGUAUACUAUAAACUGGACAAUAGCUGCAGCCAGCUACCCCACUGUAUGGCUCUUGCUGCAAGAAUGAAUCACAGAUAAUCAAUUUUCCAUGACACUGUCAAUUUGCUUUUAAUGUUUGCCAACCUAACAAAAGUACCUAAUGUUAACUCAAACUCACCAUCUCUCCUCUACAGUUUGUGCCAUUCUUAGAGAUGUGGCAGAUUUUGCCUAUUGGUGUACAUCCUCAGACUCAGUUAAGAUUUCUCGCUACUUCAAAAGUUGACCCUACAGCUCAUACUGCCAGAUUCACUGCCAUACUGCCAGAUUCACUGAGCUAUGAAGCUGCCCUCUUCAUAAUUUGUUCAAGGUCCGCUUUCAGUUUUUGCUGCUGUUCUUCAGAGACUUCAAGCUUACCCAGCAAAUAUUGAUUCUGAGCUUCAAGUUCAGAGAAUGUGUAGUGUAGAUUGUAGAUCUCCCUUUUCUGGUUCUCUGGUCAUGUAAGGACAUGAAUACAUUCGUUUUUCAUUGAUGUAGAAUUUUAAGGUUCAUUUUUCAAGCUCUGUGAUUUUGGAUUUCAGCCAGCAGUAAGCCUCACUGAGCUAAAUGGAGUUUAUGUCCUUGAAAGUGUGUUUGGAAGUACAGUACAACCUUAGAACGAACAGUAAAAAUAGGAUAGGCUUCCUAGCAACCAGUUCAAAGGCAUCCAUGAUGGCUAGAUUAACACACAGGCUUCCACUUCUAGUUCCUUAGAUCUCUCACUGUGCUGGGAUGGAAGUGAGAGAUACACAGAAAACAGUGAUGAAUCCAAGGUUUGGGCAAAGGUACAAAAUGGUUUGAUAAGGGGCACUCCUUGAAUUUCUGAUUUGAACAGACCCUAUUUAUUUGGAGAUCCAAUAUUUUAAUGGUAUCUGGGAUUAGGUAGCAGGUGUCUCCCUGUCCCCAAACAACAAAAAGUAGCACCAAAGAUUGAAAACCCUGCUCUUUACUUUGUGCAAAAAUGUAUUACUUAUUUUUGCAUGCAAGUCAGUGGAGCAUGAGGCUUCUGUAUGCAACUUGAGUGUGGGAUUUGGCUUGGGAAGGAGCCUGGGUGGGGACAUUUCAGUAAACUGAACUUUUUUGCAACUUUAGGAAUGGUUUUAUGGAAAAAUAUGCAAUACUCAAAGUGAAUUACAGCAGGGGUUGGCAUCAUUUAAACAUGUGGGAUUUACUUUUUUUUUUUGCUAGAGCCCAGAGGUCCGUCAGCAGAAACAAAGAGCCUAAAAAGUACAAAAAUUAGGCUGCUGAUGUGGUCAUGAGGCUCAGUUCCAGGAUGGAGGCUUUAGACCAGGCUUCCUCAAACUCGGCCGUCCAAAUGUUUUUGGACUACAACUCCCAUGAUCCCUAGCUAGCAGGACCAGUGGUCAGGGAUGAUGGGAACUGUAGUCUCAAAACAUCUGGAGGUCCGAGUUUGAGGAAGCCUGCUUUAGACUGAACAAGUCCCAAGUUCUUGUUAAAAGUCAGAAAUCCUUGUUGAGCUACUGUAUAUGCACUUUUAUUUGUGUAGGAGUGGGGUACCUAUAGUUCUCCAGCUGUUGUUGUGUUAGGGGAAUCCUCUAUAACAGUUGGACACCCAACCCACACCCACAGGCUUUAUGGACAAUGGCCAAAGUUGAUGUGAGUUGUACUCCCAACAUCAUUUGUAGGCCCAUAGGUUCCUCACUCCUGAUACAAGCCAUAUACAGUGGUACCUCGAGUUACAAACACCUCAGGUUACAAACUCUCCUAACCUGGAAGUUACCUUGAGUUCAGAACUUUGCCUCAGGAUGAGAACAGAAAUUGUGUGCCGGUGGCGCAGCGAAAGCACGCCUCUAGUUAAGAACAGUUUAAGGUUAAGAACGGACCUCUGAAACGAAUUACGUUCAUAACUGUAAAGCCCUAAACUAUCUGGGACUCUUGAUACCUAGAACACCUUUCUAU